AUGAAUUUUCUUUGCUUUUGUGUCUGUUUUAUUCAAUUUUUUUUUCAGCUUUGUUUUUUCCUUUUUGUUCUUUCUUCUUAUUUCCAUCUUUUUUUCUUUUCUUUUCAAUUAUUCCUCUCUUGUUCUUUUUUUAUAUUUCAGAUUUUCUUUUUCUUUCAUUUUGUUUUCUGGUAUUUUUUCCAUCAUUUUCUCUUUCAUUUUAUUUCAUUUAUGGUUUGUUCCUUCAUUCUCUUUACCAGUUUUUCUUCAUUCAUUCACUUGUUUCAUUCUUUCUUUUCUCUUCACUUUCUGUUUCCUUCAUUUUGUUUUCUGGUAUUUUUUUCUAUCAUUUUCUCCUUCAUUUCAUUUAUGGUUUGUUGCUUCCUUUUCUUUUCUUGUUUACCAGUUUUUCUUCAUUCAUUAGUUUGUUUCUUUCUUUUCUCUUCACUUUCUUUUUGCCCAUUUUAUUUUUCUUUCUUUUCUUCCUUUUUUGCCUUUGUUUUAUUCUUAUGUUCAUUAUUAUUUUUCUCUGUUUUUUUUUUCUUUCAUUUUAUUUUUAUGAGUUACUUCUUUUCCACUUCAUUUACAGCUUUCGUUAGUAUUUUUUUUCUUUUCAUUUCUUUUGUGCAUUUAUUCCAUUUUUUCUUUCCUGUUCAUUUUCUUCCAUAG